UGGUACAGUUCGUUGUUAAACCCUUACGCAAUCAGCCGCAUCUCGCGAGCUGCAAAAAAGGCUGUACACACACGAUAACAAUAAGAUGGGAACUAUCAGAAGAAUAUUUUUAAUACUUAAUAUCUUAGCAAUCCUGCUUCAGUGUCAAUGUGCUGACAAAUACACCGAUGAGAAUAGACCUUACGAAUUCGGCUUCAAUAUAGAUGGUGAACAACAUCGCCACGAGAAAAAAGAUGAAAACGGGAUAAUAAUGGGAGAGUUUGGUUUUAUAACUGCUGAUGGAGUCUAUCACGUCACUGUCUAUGCAACUGAUGAAAAUGGCAACUUUAAGAUAUUGUCAAUGAAAAAUAUACGAGUGAAGCCUUACCCAUCAGCAGCAACACAAAGUUCACCAAGAGGAAAUUCACCGCCUUUAGAUAAUCCCAAACAAGCUUUACCUUCAGCUGCAUCGAGUAAAUCUAAGCAAAAUACCGAGCUAUCCACACCAUCUCCCACCCUGGAACAACAGCCUAAAGUUAAUCAACCACCACCAUCACUCAAACCCGAGGCAUCACCUAUAAGAGCGUGCUCUCAUUGUAGCUUACCUACUACAACUACGAUCGCUCCGAAAGUGCAAGAUGUACCGAUUAGUAAUUCUCAAAUAUAUUAUAAUUCUCAAUCUAACGACGAAACGAUAGCAGGUUUUGAUCCAAGAACGGGUUACAAUCAUAACGAGAACAACCAAAGUCCUAGUAAAUCCCAGGGUACCCUUUCCAAUACUAUGGGAUUGCAACCGAAUUCUGACGCUCAAGAACUUUCUAAACAAAAUCCAGCAAGUUAUGUACAAAACCAAUUAAGUUAUGGACAAAAUCCCCAGACAUACGACACUGGAAAUCAAUAUUUUCAGCCUAACGUUCAAGAGAAUGCUGGAGUAGAAACAAAUUACCCUCUUCAAAAUAACCCUACUGCAGAAACUAACAAACCAGAUACCGUUGUACAAGACUCAGACAAAAGUCUAAAUUCUGAGAGUAAUGGGCAAAAUUAUCCCGAACAACAAAACACUGAUCAAGUCGUUGGUUUGAAAAGCAAUGACCAACAACCAUCUCUAGAACUCAUUCCUCCAGAAGAAAUAGAUAUUAAAGGUCCAUUAAAUAAAUCUGGAGAACGUAGUCCAAAGAAAUAUGAGCCACAAAACAAUUUAGAUAACGUUUACAGAUCAGUAGAACUCCCAUUGGUGCCACCUGAAAAGCCUGUACUUAUAUCAGCUCAAAUGCAACUUGUAGACAAAAAUACUGAUAUUGACCAUAAAAACCCAGGUGAACAACACGGACUGCCUCAAGGUGUGACAAAAGAAUAUAUGUCAAAUGUUCUGUAUGUUUUUAACUACACUGUUGGAUUCCAUGGUCACUUUGAAAAAGGCUUUGCAAAUGGAGCUAAACAGGGGUACUACUAUGUGACCGGAAGAAACGGUAUAAGAACAAGGAUUGACUAUGAGGCUGAUGAGAAAGGUUUCCGUCCUAAAAUUAGCCAAGAAGUGCUUGACUUACUAUCUGAAGAGGUUCCAAAGCCAGAUACUGAAAAAGAUCCAAAAUAUGGGUUGCAAAGUUAUGAGUUUAAAUGGUUAUACUUUCCCGUUGAAACAGCGCAGUAAAAUACAUUUUUAAUGUAGAUAAACAUUUUGUUGAAUUGAAAUGGCGUUAAAGACUGAAUGUUUUAAAAAGUGCUAGAUCUGAUAUUGGUUAAAAACUUAUCUUUGACGUAUAUGUAAAUGAAUAACACUAAGAUAAGCCUAUUUUAAUACCUACAAUUGCUCACAAUUAUAGUAUCACUGCCAUGCAUGCUUUUUAUUCAAAUGUUGUUUCAUUUUUUUAAGGAAACUAAAUGUUCAAGUGAUUCCUAUUGUUAUUUAUAAUAAUAUUAAUAAAAGCCUUUAUUCACUGACUA